AUUUUUUGAUCAUUUUUGGGGAAAAAUAAAAAUUAAAAAAAUCUAUAGCUCAGUCAUAACUAUAACUCGAGAGAAAAAUUAUACCACAAAGAAAACUACCUGACAGAUAUUCUCCCCCAGUUGGCUUCCUCUCUUGAUUUAUUACCAAGGAUAACAAAGGAUAUGACUGAGUCCUCGUAAACUUGACAACCAGCGUUUUAUCAAUAGUUCCCGAAUGCUGCUAAAUUUAGCAACUGCCGGAUGGGUUGAGUCAGUCCGCGGAAAAUGGCGAAGAAGGGUGGAGUGCAGCAGCUUCAGGCGGACCUGGCCUCGGACGAGGAGUUCGAGAAGUUCCUGCAGCGUUCCGGCCUGCUGGGUACGUUCAAAGGAGAUGGGACUGGGGCAAAGAUUACUAACCCUGUGGCAACCGUCAGUGCUCGAUAUAUACUCGGAGUGGUGCGGCCCCUGCCUGGGCAUGGUGGGCAGCCUGCGGAAGAUCAAGCUGGAGCUGGGCGGCGACAACCUGCAGCUGGCCAUCGUAAGAGCUUGGGGAUAGAGUUGGGAAAGUCGAAUCACACUCACCCACAUUCAUACAUACAGUGCAAGGCGGGCUCCAUCUCCUAUCUGGAGCGGUUCAACAAGAAGAGCGAGCCCACCUGGAUGUUCGUCACGAAUGGCAAGGCCAUCAACAUCAUGUUCGGCACGGACGUGCCCAAGCUGGUUGCCAUGAUCACCAGAAUGCUGCAGUCGACAAUGGCCAAGGAGUCACAUGUGAGCUACGAAAUCACCGAGCUGCAGCCGAUCGAGCUGCAGCAGCUGGAGGUGCGCAACCGGGCGCUGCGAGUGGCCGAGGAGAUCGAGCUGGCGGAGAGCCGGCGCAAGCGCGUCGAAUACCUGCGCAGCGUCACAGACUGCAUCAUGAGCAACCUGCCCGACAUCGGGAUCACCGUCUUUGGGCCGCAGGUCAACCGCGACAUGUUCAAAAAGCUCUCCGAGCCGGCCGAUCCCCUCAAGAUUCAGUGCAAGGACCGCAAGGUCUUCUCCAUUUCGCCCGCUGACUUUGCAACGGUUAACUUUGCGGCCGAGAACCCGCUGGCCCCCGAUGUGAUCGAGCAGCUGUACGACAAGGAGCUGCUCAUGUGCUUCUGGAAGGUUGAGGAGGUGCUCGGGAGUCCCCCGACAGUGCUGCGCCAGUAUGCUCAUGAGCUGACCAAGGAGACAAUCAAGCCGCCGGACGAGUUCAAUGAGGAGGAGAUCAUAGUUCCGCCAAUGAUUGUGCCGCUGGAGGUAACCGUGGAUAUUUUGGAGCCAGAAAUAAAUGUCGAUGUAGAGGCAGAGGCGGAAGAGGUAGAGGAGGAGCAGGGCGGCAAGCAGGUGGAUGAGAUUGCCAACGACGAGGACGUAGAGGCGGCUGAGGCUGAUCCGUCCCCGGCCGAACCCCUUCCAGUGGCACAGCCAGAGGAGAAGCAGCGCAGGACCAAAACCAUCCGGAUACCACCCAUUUGGGUGCCCAGCGACCAGCGCACCCAUGCAGCUCUCAUUUACACGUACUUCCGCGCCCAGACAUCCACAUUUCUGCCACCCGAUCCCGUUCCGGAACCCCCGCACAUUGUGAUGACCUUCGACGCCUACAAGAAGAAGGAUCUCGGUGUGCUCCUCGAGACCUGUCGCGAGGACAUCCCGCUCUACGGCUUCUUCACCAGCGACAAUCCCCAAACGGCCGUCUUCAUAGCGAACUCGGUGGAAAAGUACAAUGCCAAGCCCUAUGUCCCCACCGACAAAAUAGUGCUGAAGGUGAACAAGGUAAGGAGUCCGACCAUACCCACCCUAAUGGCCUACGGUCCCAGCUAUGUCAGCACAAACUCGGUGGUUGGCCACAAGGAGGCCAGCCAGUUCUUUCCGGCCAACUACAAGUCCGCCAUGCAGGAGGAGGCCGAACUGCAUGCCGUCAAGACCGAGAAGCCCAAGAAGCGCAAGAAGGUAAGCCACCGCACUCAUGUUGAACACCAAUUUGUGCUGUUCGUGUACAUCUGGAUAUUUCCCCUGCAGAACAAGAAGGGCGGCGACGCAGAGGACAAUGGAAAAGCGGAGGCCGGACUGGCGGAUGCGCAACAGGAGGCGGACGAUGCGGCCAAGACCUCGCCGGAGGAAGGUGCUUCCACGACGAGCAGCGGCGAAGAUAGCUGCGAGUCGCGUCCAGCAACAGCCGAUGGCACGAAUCCCGAAGGAGCUGUGGGCUCCUAGGCCAAUUAUUCAAUUCAUCAGUAAUCAAGAAUAUGAUCCUAAACCCGAAGUGCCGUUUUUCAACAUAUUUUAAUUUAUUAAUUAAUUUAAUUUAAUUAAUUCCUGCACCAGCUACGGAUUACACGGAUAUAUACACUAGUUAUACAAAUAUAUACUACAUAUUUAUUAUAAUUGUUCCCAAAAACACAAAAAUGUAA